GUCUCGGUUGUGACUGGAGACGAGUGAGUGGUGGUGGUGCCCAGGAGUGUCCACAGUGUUAUGUGAUAAACACCAGUGUCUCCCCAGUGAUCAUUAAGAAUGGAAUAACAACAGUAACUAGAAUAAACUGUGUAAGAAGAACAAGUGGCUAACAGUUAGUUACUCAUAGCAAGUUUCGUUUUGUUUCGUGUAGUGUUGAGGGAAGGUACAAUGUCUGCGGUGCAGAAGUCGCAGCUGACAACCUGCGGAGAUCCAUCAGACUCUGCACAGGGGCUAGAUGAAUCCCUUUUAAAAAGAGAGUCAGCUGAGGAAGAUGUCAGUAGUGACAGACACAGCCUCGUUCUCAGGGACAGCGAGGUGUUUACAUCUGAUCGUUCUAAACCUACUGUCCUGCAUCAGUUAAUGGCUACGGUAGUGGUGGCGCUCACACAACUGGAAGUUGGUGCAACAAUUGGAUUUGCAGGAGUAACGCUGCCACAGUUGACGGAUCAAUCCUCGGAUGAUCUCCACUUCAGCACCUUAGAGUCGGCCCUUUUCGGCAGCAUGAUGUUUGUGGGUGCCUUGCUGGGGUCAUUGACUGUCAGUGUACCGAUGGUGAGGUUGGGCCAGAGAGUGACACUCCUGUUUUCUCUUCCCAUAUCCCUCGCCAGCUGGAUUAUCUUGGCUACAGCACCCACAAACUGGGUCGUCCUGCUAGUUCGCUUCUUCCAAGGCAUCACGAUGAGCUUCAUAACAAGUUCCUCCUCGACUUACGUGGCAGAGCUUUCACACAGUACAAUAAGAGGGCGACUAAUGUCGACUCUUGAUCUCUCGCGUCAGAUGGGCAUUCUUGUGGCAUAUGCUCUGGGCAGUUCAAACCUGACUUGGCGGAAAGUAGCAUUAACAUGUGGUUUUGUCAACACUGUAAUUCCUUUUGUUUGUCUGCUGUAUUUACCUAACUCCCCUCGCUGGCUGGCCACACAAGGCUACACUGACAGAGCUCACAAAUCCUUGAUCUUCUUUCGGGGACCAAACUAUGAUGUCCACAAAGAAAUGGAAGACAUCAGAGAUGAGCUUGAGAAAACAACUAAUGGCGGUGGUAAUAUAUUAGACCAGUUGCGACAAAUUAGAAACCCAUUAAUAUUAAGAUAUCUUAUUAUCAUGUCUUUAGUUCUUUUUUUCAUGCACUUCAGUGGAAUAAUAGUGGUACCAACAUACAUUGUAGUCAUUAUAAAUAACGCAGAUAUCAGUAUAAGUUCAUAUUUGUGCGCAGUUUUAAUAGGAAUUAUUCGGGUCGUAGGAGCGUUCUUUUAUGUAUGUAUAAUUGACCGCAUCGAUCGCAAACCAUUAUUUGCAAUGACUUGCACUAUAUGUAGCUUAUGUAUGAUUGGUCUUGGUGUAUACUUCUUUGAUCAAGAUCACGACAGACGUUUCCAUGAUCAAAACUGGCUACCAGUCGUCUGUUUGGCAGUCUACUCGUUUUUCUCUGUUUCCCCAGUUAUAGGUUUAUUUCGAAGUGAAUUAUUUCCCAGUUCCGUUCGUUCUACUGUUGUACCAAUUUUAUACACAUUGUUUUUCAUUGGAGCAUUCACAGCCUUACAGUCGUUCCCUUACAUAGUAUUAACGUUAGGAAGUUAUGGGGCGUUUUGGAUUUCUUCUGGAUUUAGCGUCUUCCUCGCUGUUCUUGUGGUUGCCACCGUUCCAGAGACUCGAGGAAAAACACUGGAAGAAAUAACAGAAUUGCAGAUAGCAAGGAGUAGAAGAAGUAUGAUAAAGCAAGUACUUGGUGAAGAGAAUGCUGGGAGCAGAUGCUCUGUGAAGUGUGAAGUAAGUACUUGAGAGUGGGAGAGAGGGGAGAGGCAAGGAGAGCAGAGGUGAGAAAAGGCAAAAAUAGGCAAGGUGAAAAGGUGCGUGUGUGUCUAUGUACUCACCUAGUUAUACUUACCUAGUUGUGGUUGCAGGAGUUGAGUCACAGCUCUUGGCCCCGCCUCUUCACUGAUUGCUACUAGGUCCUCUCUCUCCCUGCUCCAUGAGCUUUAUCAACCCUCGUCUUAAAACUAUGUAUGGUUCCUGCCUCCAUUGCGUAACUUUCUAGGCUAUUUCACGGUCUAACAACUCUAUGACUGAAGAAAUACUUCCUAACAUCCCUUUGACUCACAGGAGUCUUCAACUUUCAAUUGUGACCCUUUGUUUCUGUGUCCCAUCUCUGGAACUUGCUGUCUUUGUCCACCUUGUUAAUUCCUCUUAGUAAUUUAUAUGUCUUUAUCAUGUCUCCCCUGACCCUCCUGCUCUUCAGUGUCGUCAGGCCGAUUUCCUUUAACCCUUUUUCGUAGGGCACUCCCCUUAACUUUGGGACUAGUCUUGUUGCAAACCUUUGCGCAUUCUCAAAUUUCUUGACGUGCUUGACCAGGUGCUGCAUACUCCAAUAUGGGCCUGACGUAUAUGGUGUACAGAGUCUUGAACGACUCCUUAUUGAGGUAUUGGAACGCUAUUUUUAGGUUUGCCAGACGCCCGUAUGCUGCAGCAGUUAUCUGAUUGAUGUGCACCUCAGGAGAUGUGCUCGGUAUUAUACUCACCCCAAGAUCUUUUUCCUUGAGUGAAGUUUGCAGUCUUUGGCCACCUAGACUAUAGUGUGUCUGCGGUCUUCUUUUCUCUUUCCCGAACUUCAUGACUUUGCAUUUGGCAGGGUUAAAUUCAAGGAGCCAGUUGCUGGACCAGGCUUGUAGCCUGUCCAGGUCUCUUUGUAGUUCUGCCUGAUCCUCGACAGAUUUAAUUAUCCUCAUUAACUUCACAUCAUCUGCAAACAGGGACACUUCUUAGUCUAUCACUCCCAUUAUCAUUUACAUAUACGAAAAACAGCACAGGUCCUAGGACUUACCCCUGUGGAAUUCUGCUCCUCACAGACGCCCACUCUGACACCUCGUCAUUUACUAUGACUCGUUGUUGCCUCCCUGUCAGAUAUUCUUUGAUCCAUUGCAGUGCCUUUCCUGUUAUGCAUGCCUGAUCCUCUAGUUUUUGCAUUAACCUCUUGUGACGAACUGUGCCGAAGGCCUUCUUGCAGUCCAAGAAAAUGCAGCCUAUCCACCCCUCUCUCUCGUGUCUUACUUCUGUUACCUUUUCAUAAAACUCCAGUAGGUUUGUGACACAGGAUUUUCCUUCCCUGAAACCGUGCUGGUUGUCGUUUAUAAGCCUGUGUCUUUCUAGGUCCUCCACCACUCUCCUCCUGAUGAUCUUUUCCAUGACUUUACAUACUAUACACGUCAGUGACACAAGCCUGUAGUUUAAUGCCUUGUGUCUGUCUCCUUUCUUAAAAAUUGGGACUACAUUUGCCAUCUUCCACACCUCAGGUAGUUGCCCAGUUUCAGUGUAUGUGAUGAAGAUUUUUAUUAGUGGCAGACACAGCAUCUUUGCUCCUUCUCUAAGAACCCACAGAGAUGUCAAACACAAACAGCAAAUAUAAAACAGAAACAUACGCCGGUAAGCUGUCCUAAUAUACAAGUACAGUUAGAAAUAGAAAUACAAAUAGCCAGAUCUUCACUUUAAGGAGGUUAUUAGUAGAAUAUUCAAGGGGUUACUAGUAGAAUUACAGUAAAUCAACCAUUCAAAUCACACUAUGAAGCACUGUGUAGUCUGCAGUCAAUCAAGCAAACGGGCUUCCACAUGGAUUACUUGCCAUUUAUGUGGAAAUUGGUGUCAUGCCCCUUGUGCAGAUAUCCAAGAACUAUCUACAAGCAGUAUUAAAUCAGGGAAGUGUUUUUGGGUAUGUCAAAAUGAGAUAAAUCUGUGGACUAAAAUCACAUUGAUAUUAAAAGAGGAUAACAUCAAAGCAGCCUUCAUAGAAAACCUGGAAGCAUUCUAUAACAAGGCUUAUUCCUCUAAGAAAAAGGAGGAGUAGAUGUAAAAUAGAAAGAGACAGGCGCUCCCUUUACAGGCGACGGAAAAGAA